AUGGCUUCGUAUCGGACGUACGUUCUCAUAGUCAUCAUCCAACUGGUACACGCUUUAGCCGCCCAGGAGGUGGUCAAGCGAGCACCCCACGGCUUCUUCGGGAUGCGAGGCAAGAAGUACCUGGAAGCCCGGGACACGGAAAUGUUCAAGCGAAGACCAAACUUCUUCGUCGGUGUCAAGGGGAAGCGUGGCUUUGAAUAUCCAGACUUUUGGCCGUACAAACGAGCCCCAAUGGGUGUCGUGGGAAUGCGCGGGAAAAAGUACAUCGAUGUUUACCCCGAUGGAAUCCACGACGACAUGAGUGAAGCGAUCAACGAUUACCUUGAGAAACUGCAGAGUAUCGAAUCUAACGAGGUGACAGAUGAAGGCAAACGCGCCUUCUACGGUGUGAGAGGCAAAAGGUUUAUGCAGAAACGCGAGAAUAGGCCGCGGGGCUUCAUCGGCGUGCGCGGGAAGAAAGACGUCAAAUUUGCUAGCCCGAAGGAGAUUAAGUUUUUGCUAGACGGCCCGUGGCCGAAGCGAAAGGCGCAGACCGGUUUCAUAGGGAUGCGAGGCAAGAAAUGGACAGAUGACGACACAAGCAGCGAAGUGGUCCCCAAUUAA